AGUCGGCCAAAUCUCAGUGUCUCUCUCUUUCCCUCCUUUGGAAGGCUGUUUGGCAUCUGUCACACUGAUCUGGAACAUUAGCUACCAGCUAAAUACAUACUGGAUAACUUGUUCUGUUAUACAACCUGAGUAAGAACUGCCUGCCAGGGGUACUGGGAUGAAAAAAGGAAUAAUCUAAAAGGUGCACAUGAUUCACUGGGCCAAGGAAAACAUCAGCACAGGACAGGAACCAGGACUUUGGAGGCCUGUGACGAGUGGAGGAAUAGCGGCGUCACACAGAAUGACAACACAUUGAUUUACCUGAGCUAGACAAUCAGGAAGACACAGAGAGGAAUUAAGUGAUUGUGCUGAAAAAGUGGCUAUUUUGGAACAGAGUGGUGAACUGAAGAGGAAGAUCGUGCAGCAGCCUGUUCUGGUUCCUUUGCUCAUAUAAAUCAGACUUUUGUUUAGGGCCUAGUGUGGCCUCCUGAAGCAGUGACCAGAACCAUGAAGCUGUCAGGGAACGUGCUAGAUCUGGACUCCACAGACUACAGCACCACCCUUGACCCCUCCUACACCAUGCUGGAGUUUGACAACCUCAGGGUGUUUCCUGUAGAGACAGAGUUGAUGAUGCCGGAGCCUGCCCCUCUGCUGCCACAGACCAAUGGGAGCGUGUGUUCCAUAUGUGCAGACAGGGCCACAGGUAAACACUACGGUGCUUCCAGCUGCGAUGGCUGCAAGGGCUUCUUCAGGAGGAGCGUCAGGAAGAACCACGCCUACACCUGCAGGUUCAGCAGGCAAUGUGUUGUGGACAAAGACAAGAGAAACCAAUGCCGUUACUGCAGGCUUCGGAAAUGUUUCCGAGCAGGCAUGAGAAAGGAAGCCGUGCAAAAUGAGCGGGACCGCAUCAGCAGCCGCAGAGGAGAGGGACAGGGGCUGGGCACUCUGUCCAUCAGCGUACUGUUACAGGCAGAGGCCAGCAUGCAUCAGUUUCCAGCCCUGACCUCCCCUAUGAGCUGUGACAUCAACAGCAAGAAGAUAGCACGCGUGGGGGAUGUGUGUGAGUCCAUGAAGCAGCAGCUCCUCCUGCUGGUGCAGUGGGCCAAGCGCAUCCCCGAGUUCUGCAGCCUCCCAGUUGACGACAGGGUAUCCCUGUUACGAGCCCACUCUGCUGAACACCUCAUCCUAGGGGUGGCUCAACGCUCCCUGCCUUACAAUGACAUUAUCCUUCUGGGUAAUUACUUUGUGAUCCCAGUGAGCGGUCCUGAGGUGGAGGUGUCCAGGGUGGCUGCCCGGAUCCUGGAGGAGCUGGUCAAGCCUCUGAGAGAGCUGGACAUCACCGACAGCGAGUUUGCCUGUCUUAAAACCAUAGUCUUCUUCAGUCCUGACUGCCCAGGGCUGGAGGCCCCUCAGACAGUGCGACAGCUGCGUUUCCAGGCCCAGGUGCUGCUGGACGAGGCCACCUGUGAGCAGCGGGGGCGUUUUGGGGAGCUGCUGCUGAUGCUGUCCCCCCUGCAAAGUGUGGCCUGGCAGAUGGUGGAGACCCUGCAGUUGGCCAGGCUCCUGGGGGAGCCCAGCGUGGACAGCCUGCUGCAGGAGAUGCUACUGGGGGAGGGGGCCACUGGGGGCCUGGGACAACGCACAGGGCACGGUUCUAACUCAAAUGUAAUGGUGUUCCCCCAACUCCAAGAUCACACCCUGUCUCAGGACCUACUAGGAGGCCAUGUCGGGUUGCCUAGCAACUUCACAUCAGUCAUCCUACCUGUCCCUGGCUCUCUGCCAGUGGUGCCUCUGGUGCCCACACAGACUGGCACUGAGGUGUACAGACAUAGGGAGGGGGCAGACAUGCCCAUAGAGUCUGCCCACGGCAUGCCCAUGGCUCCUGUCCACACCUGCCUCUGAGAAAAGCAGCAGCAGCUACUCAACCAGAGAGGAGAAAAAAGCUGUGUGGUCUAAACACACACACACAUCCAAUCCGGCCCACGGUUGGUUUGAGUAAAAUGGUUUUUUUGGAGGGGAAAAAAUGAUAAUGGACCUGCAGUUUCUUGACUGUGUCCAGCUCCCUGAUAACCACAUCGAGGAAAUACAACACAUUUUCAUUGCAGCCCUUGCAACCUCAUUGAAGACCGAAUGUGGCCCCUGGGGCAAAAUGAGUUUGCCACCCCUGACCUGGUGUUGGUGCAUCCAGGCCGUGCUACUUACUAUAUGAUUACAACAUGAAGUAGAGGCUGUUACAUGGACACUAGUAACCCAAAAAUGGACUUUGACUCAGCCAGCCAAUCCUCUCCCUUAUCCACCUUUGCACAAUGCACAUUACACACAGGGAAUAUGAUGCACACAAUUAAUAAUUGAUCAGGAAUUGUUCUUUAUGUUAACCAUUCACUGACCAUUAAAAUCAUCAAAUCAAUAAAGACCACAGCUCAAUAGUAUGUUAUCUUUAUUAGAUCAUGGUUGGGUGAGUGAGUUGUGUUGGCAUGUUAAUUAAUGACAGUAAUGUGGCAGUGGUGAAGUAAGAACAAUUUUAUGUUUUUUAUCUUCAGGAUCAAAGUACAUGCAGAUGUUGGUACUGUUAAACAUUUUAAAGUUACUCGUAAAAAUGUUUUUUUUUAAAGGAAAUAAAUAAAAAAUAAAUGUGC